UUGCCACCUGUCAGUGUCCAUCAGUGCCAGCUGUCAGUGCUGAACAGUGCCAGUGCCCAUCAGUGCCACAUUAAUGCCACGUAUCAGUGCCUACCAGUACAUAUCAAUGCCACAUAACAGUGCCCAUCUGAGCUGCCUUUCAGUGUCACCCAUCAGUGCCAGUCAGUGCCACUUAUCAAUGCCAAUCAGUGCCACCUAUCAGUGCCAUGCCAGUCAGUGCCGCCUAUCAGUGCCAGUCAGUGCCGCCUAUCAGUGCCCAUCACUGCAGCCUCAUUAGCGCACAUCAGUGAAGGAGAAAAAUCACUUAUUUACAAAAUUUUAUAA